GCGAUCUCGCUCGCUUUCUCGUCUCCGGCCUGUGCUUGCGCUUUUUCUCCUUCGUCGACGUCCAAUUUUGCUUUCACGGUUCUCGGGUUGGGACUUCUUUCUCUUCUUGGUGAUUCAUUUUUUUUCAUUCUCUUCUCGCAUCUACUGCCUUUCAUCUCUGUGAGAACAAAAAUAACAAAAAAUUCGGUCAUACGACACCCAUAAAACACAAUCAAAAUGUCUCCUGCAGUUGCUCACGGUUCCGCAUCCUCGGAUGUCAAGAAGGAAUCUGCCACUGCCCGUCUGCUUGGAUCAGGGACCGCUGGUAUUGCGGAACUCCUCGUCUUCCACCCUGUUGAUACCACGGCAAAGCGUUUGAUGAGCAACCAGACCCGAAUUACGUCCGCCAGUGGCUUCAACCAAGUCGUCUUCAAGGAAUAUGCCACCGCCUCUGUGGGCCGCAAGUUCACCUCUCUCUUCCCCGGUCUGGGCUAUGCCGCUGGUUACAAGGUCCUCCAACGUAUCUACAAGUACGGCGGUCAGCCGUUCGCUCGCGAUUAUUUGGCGCAGCACUACGGUGGUGAUUUCGACAAGGCUUUCGGAAAGGGUACCGGAAAGGCUAUCAUGCACGCAACGGCUGGAAGUUUGAUUGGAAUUGGUGAAAUCGUCCUUCUUCCUCUUGACGUUCUGAAGAUCAAGCGUCAGACAAACCCCGAAGCCUUCCGUGGUCGUGGCCUCUUCAAGAUUAUCUCCGACGAGGGUAUGGGACUCUACCGUGGAGCUGGCUGGACUGCUGCUCGAAACGCCCCUGGAUCAUUCGCUCUUUUUGGUGGAUCUGCUUUCGCCAAGGAAUACAUCUACGCUCUGCAGGACUACAACAAGGCCUCGUGGUCUCAGAACUUCGUCGCCUCCGUCUGCGGUGCUAGCGCAUCUCUUGUCGUUUCGGCUCCCCUCGACGUGAUCAAGACCCGGAUUCAAAACCGCAACUUCGAGAACCCCGAAUCUGGCUUCCGUAUCGUCUCUAACAUGAUGAAGAACGAAGGUGUCACCUCUUUCUUCAAGGGUCUGACGCCUAAGCUUCUGAUGACCGGACCCAAGCUUGUUUUCAGCUUCUGGCUGGCUCAGACGUUGAUUCCUGCCUUUGGCAAGGUCGUAUAAACCACCCAACAUCACCGAAAACAUAAGACCUAAGGAAAGCGA